AUGAAGCAAAGCAGGAGUUUUCACCGGCGAGGCCUCGGACUGGAGCGUCUUUUCCUCCCUUCCAACAGGCAGGAAGUGAAACUCCAGCUCAAACUGAACCAAUGGACCGUUCCUCCUCGCCCCCCCCCCCCUUCCCCCCACGGGGAGCAGCAGCCUCCACCUUACUCCGCUGCCCCCCCGACGUGCCCCCUGUCCACCGGUGGGGCGGCCCACUCCCACCAGGCCAGCACUGGAUACCAGUCUUUCCACGACAUCCUCCCACAGGAGGCCUCAGAAACCACGCCGAUCAUUUCCUCCUCGUCCUUCGAUGACAAAUCAGUGAGGAGGGGGUUCGUCAGAAAGGUGUUUGGCCUCCUGACCCUCCAGCUGCUCUUCACCUUCGGCAUGGUGUGCGUGUUCACCUUCUCCAGCGUGGUCAAACAGGCCGUGCAGACCAGCCUCUGGGCUUACCUCAGCUCCUUCAUCGUCUUCGCCGUGGUGGCCUUCUCCCUCAGCUGCUGCCCGUCCUUCAGCCGCCGUCACCCCUGGAACAUCGUAGGCCUGGCUGUCGUCACCCUGAGUUUGUCCUACAUGGUGGGGGCCGUCGCCUCCUUUCACGACACCACGGCCGUGGUCAUCACCAUGGCGGUGACGCUGGUCAUUUCUGUGGCCAUCAUCGCCUUCUCCGCACAGACUCGUUAUGAUUUCACCAUUUUUUACGGCGUCCUGUUGAUCCUGGCUGUGGACUUCGUCAUGUUCGGGUUCUUCUGCACCUUCUACUACUCCCACGUCAGCGCCAUCGCCUACGGGUGUCUGGGCGCUCUGCUCUAUUCUCUGUUCCUGAUGGUGGACUGUCAGCUGAUGAUGGGCCUCAUGAGCCACCGCCUGGAUCCAGAGGAAUACAUCAGCGCUGCUCUGCGCAUCUACCUGGACAUAGUGCUCAUCUUCCUCUACCUGCUGGGGAGGAGGUGAACCUGCACAUGUCCUUUUUUCGAACGUACAAACUAACUCUAAACUAAUUUCCCCCCAUCCACCAAUAAGUUUGAUAUUUCCAGAAGAAAAAGCCAAAGUGGAAUAAAAGUUGCUAAAUACAGUUUUUAUUGAUACAGUGACAAAGAAACGGGAACUACAUGUAGUGCAAAAUUCUC